AUGAGCGGCAUAUCCCUAGUUGGCGGCAGUGAGUGUCGGGUGAGUUCGGUGUUGGGCAGGAACACACGGGAGCUGGGCAAGAAGCACCUCUUUGACGGCUCGGCGGAGACCUGCUGGAACAGUGACCAGGGGACGCCGCAGUGGGUGGCUCUGAGGUGGCCCAGUCCUGUCCAGGUCACCUCCAUCACAGCUCAGUUCCAGGGCGGCUUUUGUGGUGCUGCAGACACCAUGGUGGAGGUGCCGCAAGAGGAGGGCAGCAGCGGGUGGCAGAUGGCACACCCCUGGCCCCUGGAGGACGUGGGCACCCCUCAGACCCUGCAGCUCCCCCAGCCCCUCACCACCAGCUCCCUGCGCCUCACCUUCCCCUCCUCCACAGACUUCUUUGGCAGAAUCAUCAUGUACAAGCUUGAUGUCUUGGGGAAGAAACUAUGA